AUGGAGUUAGGAUAUUGGCUGGCCCGGGUAUGUUUUGGGUUCCAGCCACGGCGAUUGGAGCGGAGGCUGAGGGCUCAGGGGCUCCGAGGAAGCAGGUAUCGUUUACCCUCCGGCGAUCUCGCGGACAUUACGAAUCUCGUCGGCGAGGCUCGCCGGAAACCUCUGCCGCUUUCGCACAGCAUAGUAGAUCGCGUCGUUCCCCAUUUGAGUCGCUCUGUGGAACUCUAUGGAGGUGAGAAUAAGGCACCAUUUUUUUGGUUUGGGCCUUAUCCCAGGGUGGUUAUCAUGGAUCCUGAGCUCGUAAAGGACGUUUUAUCCAGCAAAUUUGGUCAUUUUGAGAAGCCAAAACCAUCACAAAAUAUAAAGCAGCUAGCUCUAGGGCUCGCAAAUUAUGAAGGUGAGAAAUGGGCCAAACAUAGAAGAAUCAUCAGCCCUGCCUUCCAUGUUGAGAAGUUGAAGAUAAUGAUGCCGGCAUUUGCUGCUUGCUGUGAUGAGCUCAUAAGUCGAUGGGAGGGUUUGGCUGAUAGUGCAGGUGUGUUAGAGAUAAAUAUUUGGUCUGAAUUGCAGAGCUUUUCUGGAGAUGUCAUCUCUCGUGCAGCAUUUGGGAGCAGCUAUAAAGAGGGACGUCGUAUUUUUGAACUACAGGGAGAGCAAAGUGAGCUUGUGAUGCAGUCUAAUCGGACUUUGUAUAUCCCCGGUUUUAGGUACUUUUUUUUUAUAUAG